AUAAAGAAACUUUUAGUGAAGAAACCUCUACUGCACCUGUUAGAGAUUACCUUUCAUCAAUCGAUGAUGAUGGAAGUAAUAUAUACAAACUACGCAAGCAAGAAUUUGGUAGCCUGACCGCAAUAUCAACUAUUAAUCGGCACUUUCAAAAUUUUCACCCUGCAGAGUUUACUAAGAUCAGGCAACUUAAAUCUCGUCAGCUCGACCUCUAUGGUCCAAAUGACAAAUAUAAAGUAGAUAUUUUAAACAAUAAACUUUUAAAAUGGGUAGUUGUCGAUCAACAAUCAUUUUUAUUAGCAGAAAUGCCGAAUUUAAUAAUUUUUUAA